CAUUUUGUGCAUAAAAAACCUUAACUGUCAUGCUGCGAAAUCCGUAUUUGACUGUCAACAAAAUCACACGGUUCUGGAAAAUUACAAUAAAAUCAAUUAAUUAGGAAAUAAAGUAAUAACAUAAGUAGAUACUAUAUAAGUGUAUUUCUUGCGAACGAACUUGUUAAAUAAAACAAGAUGUUUAGGAAGCCCAAGCCAGUGAAAAAAGGAAAUUUAUCGCAGUUCGGUCUGCUAGACAUCCCAGAUGUAGAUGAUGGUGAUGAUGAGCCACUAGACUUGUCUGAUGAUGACAUGGAUCUGGAGGCAGAGUUGGCAGCAAUCAGUGGCGGUGGUGGCAGGAGGAAACCCAGGAAACCUGCACCAGUCCCAGCAGCUAACCUUGACGCUAUGAUAGCUGAGAGCUUAAAAGAUAUACCUUCGGAUGAGGAGGUUUCUGGAGAUGAUGACGAUCCCGACCUCCUCAGCGAGUUGAAAGAGCUGGCCAUCAAUGACGAGGCUCCUCCGGCGCCGCCGCCCCGCGCGACCCGCCCUGCGCCCGCGCCCCCCGGCGCUCCUAGUGCCGAGAACAGCACGGUCAGUCUGCUGCAGGACAGGAUAUCCAACUACACACUAGCAGAAAGGAAGGCGAAGGAGAAUGGGGAGAGCAGUCGUGCGAGGAGAUUCGCUCGCGGUUUGCGCACUCUCAACGAUCUAUUAAAACAAGCCAAAGCCGGAAAGCCGGUAAACGACGAAGACAUUCCACCCCCAGUGCCUGUAGGCAAGCCGGCUGAUGCACCAGCGCCGCCGCCAGUAGCCGAGCCUCCUCCAGAAGCGUCACUAAUAGAUUUAGGACCUCACGAGGAUCCUCCAAGCCUGCCCGAGCCUAAGGAACCGCCGCCGCCGCCUCCGGCCGAACCAGAGCUUUCUCCGGAAAGGCAGCAGAAAUUGGACGGGAUAUUGAGGAGGCAAGCAGAGUUCAAAGCCGCAGCGCUCCACUGCAAGAGGUCCGGGGACAAGACCCUCGCCCUAGAAUAUCUGAAGACAGUGAAACAGUUCGACACGCUGGUCACGGCAUUCAAAACUACUGAGGAAGGCAUGGAUUUUGAUUUAGCCGACCUGCCGACCCUGGAGACGGUGGCCGCGGCGGUCAGGACGCCCAAGACUGAAGAGGUCACGCAGAAAGCUGAAGAGCCUGCGCCGGCCGACCCCGCCCCGCUGGUCACGGCGUCGUCACUGGACGAGGCUCUUAGGCAGAGACUGGCUUACUUUCAGCAACAAGAAGUGAGAGCGAAGGAGGAUGGCAACUCGUCGAAAGCUCGUCGCAUGGGCCGCAUCGUGAAACAGUACGCUGACGCGGUGCGGGCGAACGCGGCCGGCAGAACGAUAGCGACUGACGACCUGCCUACUCCCCCUGGAUACGCCCCGUUGCCUACUGAAGGUGGCGAGCCGGCGGCCCCCGCGGCGGCACCGUCCCCCGCGUCCCCCGCGGCGGCGCCGGCCCCGCGCGCGGCCCCGCGAGCGAGCGGCGCGCCGGGGCGGUACGAGAAGCAGCUCGCGUUCCUGUUGCUGCGGCAGAAGCAGUUCAAAGAGGCCGCGUUGAAGGCCAAGCGGGAAGGUGACACACAGCAAGCUCUCGAAUACCUGAAAGCGGCGAAAGGCUUUGAUACAGUCAUCGAAGCGGCGAAGGGCGGACUCGCUGUAGACCUCAAGUCUCUACCGCUCCCUCCCAAAGCGAAGGAGGAUUUGGAACACACUUUCGACGUGGUAUCAGCGGAGGACUGCGGCCCGUCGGAGGAGAUGCCGACGGUGUCCGCGGAGGACGAGGACGCGCUGUCCCGCCUGUGCAACCAGCUCACGUCGCAACUGAAGCUGUGCCUCUCCAACCGCGAGCACAACCGCGCCAUCGGCAACAUCGCCGAGGCCAACCGGUUUGAACACCUCGCUACGGCUGUCAAACAGGACCUGGACGUCGUGGCGGUCGCUAAGAGUUUAGGCCAGAGCGUGCCCAAGUUCCACUACGAGUCGCGGCAGUUCGCCGUGGUGAAGUGCAACACGGACCUUAACGAGAACGAUUUAGAGCUCACAAUCGUGCGCGGCAUCGCGUACAACGUUCCCAACCCGAAGGAGGUCGACACUUAUGUCAAAUUCGAAUUCCCUUAUCCGCAGGACGCUCCAGUAUCUGACUCGACGUCCGUGGUGAAGGACACGAACAGUCCGGAGUACAACGCGGUGUUCCCGCUCGCGAUCCACCGCGGCGCGCGCGCGUGCCAGCGAGUGUUCAAACGACACGCCAUCAAACUCAACGUGUACUCCAGGGGCGGCGGGUGUGACGCGCUGGUGUGUUGCAGCGGCUGGUUCUCGCGCGACUCGCUGCUGGGCGCGGUGUCGGUGAAGCUGGCGCCUCUGGAAACACACGCCACGCUGCACGACGCCUACCCGCUGAUGGACGGCCGUCGACCUGCCGGCGGCUCGUUGGAAGUGAAGGUUCGUGUGCGAACACCGUUACUGCACCAAGAGGUCGAGAACACCACGCACCGCUGGCUGGUCAUAGACAACUGACCGUUCCACGUUAUUGACAAUAGCUGACGAUUGUCUAUGCUUUAUUACAAAACGCUGGAAUUGUUUAUGGUCUAAUGUGAAAACAUCGAUAAUUGAUGACUCAGUUUUGGCUUAUAUCGAUAAAUGAAUCGCUUGUAUGAAAUACAAUAUAUCUGUUAUGAAAUUGAGGAUAGUUAUAUUUUGUAAAUUGGAUAAUGUUUAACAUUAGCACUUGUCGCUUUCCAAAUUAGAAAUAAUAUCAAUGUGUAAACAAUGUAUAGAGUUUUGUAUGUGGUAAUUUUUUUAUCGAUUGAGUAAUUUAUUAAUAAUUUAGCCUAUAUAUUUCGUAUGCGACCACAACUACUGCCAGAGGUCCGUUGUCUCAACAAGUUAACAGUAAUAGUGACGUGAUGAAAAAUCGAUUCAAAUCGAUUACUCAUGUAAUAGUAAGAUUGUGUAAUAUAAGUUUAUGUUAAUCGAAAUGUUACAAUUUUCCUUUAGGAAUUAAGUUUGUUGGUAUUUUUCAAGAUCUUAAUUAUAUUUUUAGGUCACAUGUUAUAACUGUAUAUAUUAUUAUUAUUAAUAUUUAUAAAAUUGAAAUAAAACUAUUUUACGGAUUUUAUAUUAAUUUUCUCCCGACGUUUCGAAGACUGCAUUCUUCGUGGUCACGGAGACGACUGAAGUAUUGGUCAUCCAAUUAAAAAUUAAAUUAUACAAAAACCGCAUAAUAGUUUUACUUCAAUAUCUUACAUUAGUCUAAACAUAAAAAAUGAUAAUGUUUAUGCAAUUUUAAAUUUUAAUCAAAUCAUAUAAUAUUGCUGCAAGUCUUUCGGAUGCGAGGGUCCGACUGGUUAGGACACGACGGGUUUUUUCAUUUUGAUUGCAUUUUAAACUUAAGGCUCUACCGCCUACAAAACGAUGCGCUAAUAGUAUAUUUCGAAGCUAUCUUAAAUUUAGUACAUAUAGAAUAAAAUUCAACAUCGUAUUUCUACAAUAUCUUAUCUUUACUUGGGUUGUUUAUUUUUUGUAAUCUGCAUAUUAUUUCUUAAUAAAAUUGCACAUAUUUAAAUUUUCAACCAACGCUAUUAGAUGGACAAUGAGGAACAUUUUGGUGGAUUAAUUUUUUUAAAAGGAACAAAUUGUUUUUUUAAGAAAUUAAUUAUAGUCUAUGCAUAUUCCUGCAACCUGUACGCUGAAAACGUAUGGAACGAACGCUCAAGGUUAUUUGCUCGGGGCCUUAAUGCCUGUGUAAUUAAACUUUUUGAAUUAUGAGACAUAUUUCGAUAUAUUUCUUGCGUUGUGGAUUACAAAGCCAAUUUGUACCGUCCAAACAUUUCUUUAAGGCGCAGUUCAAGUGGAAUUUGUGUAAUAUAAUUCACAAGGAUUUUUAACGCUACAAUACAAUCUGAUAAUUAUAAAGUAUCGUAAAGAUCCAAUAACUAGAAAUUAUUACAUUUAUUGUAGUCAUUCCUUGUUUUGAAACUUUGGUUAAACCACACUGUUUAGAUAAAAACACCUUUAAUAGCUUGUAUGAUAUGCACAUAGCUUUAAUUGUAAAUUUGUUAAUAGAAGGGGUAUAUAAAUGAAUAUGGUACUAAACCGGUGGAUUGUAGAUGUAUUAUGUUAUUUUUAUACAAAUACAAGUGUUUGUCAACCA